UCCGCUGACAUUGACGAAUCAGUAAUGGCGACACAAGAAAAAGUUUAAUAUGUCAGCAAAACAACACCAAGGGGGAGUGAACUUAUGGACAGCAGUCAUAUUUUGAAGAAACAUUAUAUUUACACCGUAUUGUUUGCAGUUACAGUUCAGCCGAAAGCUGUCUGGUGUCCUCUCAGCUAUUCGGUAGAUGUCCACCCCUUCAGACACAUCAGGUGGUAUGUCCCAUCCUGGCCCUUCUCCGGGGGCAGGUCUAUCCCCAGGACCCAUCUUGGGUCCCAGCCCUGGACCAGACCCCUCACCAGGCUCUGUUCACAGUAUGAUGGGACCUAGUCCUGGACCUGGAACACCUAACGCACCUCACAGCAUGCAGGGACAGGGGCAAAGUGAUUACUCUCAGGACAGCAUGUAUCCUAUGCACAAGACCAUGGAGGGGAUGAAUGACAAGACAAUGGCAGAUGCAAUGCACUUUGGCCACAUGAAAGGUGUGGGCAUGAGAUCUCUGCAUAGUGGUAUGGGGCCUCCACAGAGUCCUAUGGACCAGCACAGUCAAGGAUACAUAUCCCCCCAUCCAUCACCCAUGGGUGUCCAUGAGCAUGCCUCCAGUCCCAUGUCAGGAGGAGGAGGUGGUGGGGGACCCACACCUCCCCACAUGCCUCCAUCCCAGUCAGGCCCUAUGAUGCCCAUGGAUCCCCAGGGAGCCAUGCCCAACAUGUCCAGCAUGGGCCAGCAGGGGAGGGGACCUUCUGCCUUCAGUCCAGUCCAGCUGCAGCAGCUCAGAGCUCAGAUUUUGGCCUACAAGAUCUUGGGCCGUGGGCAACCCCUGCCUGAAAACCUUCAACUGGCUGUUCAGGGCAAGAGAAGCCUACCCACAAUGCAACAGCAGCAGCAGCAGCAACAGCAACAGCAGCAGCAGCAGCAGCAACCACCCCAGCAGCAGGCAUCUAGUGGAAGUCCUUACAACAGGCCCACAGGUAUGCCAAUGGUACCUAUAGGUGGUCCCCAGUCAAGUCCUUGCCCUACCCCAGUCAUGCCAGUACACAAUCAAAGCACAGGACCCAAGCCUUGGUCCGAUGGUCAGGUUGGUGAAAAUCAAGUCAAUGCUCAGAAGCACCUCACCCCUGCUGCCAGUGGACGCCCGUCCCCUGCACCAGCUCAGCCCUCUGCUGUGCCACCGGGGCCCAUGCCGGGCAGCUCAGUGACCCCUCAGCCUCCCGGGCAGCAGGUUUCCCCCAUGCUCCAGAUGCAGCAGAAACAGAACCGCAUCACGCCAAUCCAGAAGCCUCAGGGUUUGGACCCAGUGGGGAUCUUGCAGGAGAGAGAGUACAGAUUACAGGCACGGAUUGCACAUCGAAUCCAGGAACUGGAAAGUUUGCCUGGCUCUCUGCCCCCUGACCUGAGGACUAAAGCCACAGUGGAGCUGAAGGCACUGCGUCUGCUCAACUUCCAGCGGCAGCUAAGACAGGACGUGGUGGCAUGUAUGAGGCGCGACACAACCCUGGAGACGGCCCUUAAUUCAAAGGCUUACAGACGCAGCAAGCGUCAGACGCUGAGGGAGGCACGAAUGACUGAGAAGCUGGAGAAACAGCAGAAGCUCGAGCAGGAGAAGAAGCGCAGGCAGAAACAUCAGGAGUAUCUCAACAGUAUCCUUCAGCAUGCUAAAGACUUCAAAGAAUAUCACCGCUCAGUGUCUGGUAAAAUCCAGAAACUUACUAGAGCUGUUGCCAAUUGGCACACCAACACAGAACGGGAGCAGAAGAAGGAGACUGAAAGAAUCGAGAAAGAGAGGAUGAGGAGACUUAUGGCUGAAGAUGAAGAAGGCUACCGAAAACUAAUUGACCAAAAGAAAGACAAGCGUCUAGCGUACUUGCUCCAGCAGACGGAUGAAUAUGUGGCCAACCUCACCACCUUGGUGUAUGAACACAAAGCUGCCCAAGCUGCCAAAGAGAAGAAGAGGAGGAAGAAGAGAAAGAAGAAGGUGGAUGGAGAUGGUGAAGGAACCAGUGCCAUUGGUCCUGAUGGAGAGCCCAUGGAUGAGAGCAGCCAAAUGAGUGAGCUGCCGGUCAAAGUGAUUCAGACGGAGACUGGGAAGGUUUUGCAGGGAACGGAUGCUCCCAAAUCCAGCCAGCUGGAGGCCUGGCUUGAGAUGAAUCCUGGUUAUGAAGUCGCCCCACGGUCAGACAGCGAGGAAAGCGGCUCGGAGUUUGAGGAGGAGGAGGAAGAGGAAAUGGCAAAGGCAGAAACGGAGGAGAAGAUGGAUCCGAAUGGAGACGUAGUGUGUGUGACGGCUGCCAAGCACAUCAUUGAAUCAGCCAAGCAGGACGUGGAUGAUGAGUACAGUGUUCCUACUGGACAAACCAGCUCCCAGUCUUAUUAUGGUGUGGCCCAUGCUGUCGUUGAGAGGGUGGAGAAGCAGUCAUCACUGAUGAUCAACGGAACACUCAAACAUUACCAGAUCCAGGGGCUUGAGUGGAUGGUGUCCCUGUACAACAACAAUCUAAACGGGAUCCUGGCUGAUGAAAUGGGGCUUGGCAAAACCAUCCAAACCAUCGCCCUUAUCACCUACCUGAUGGAGCACAAGAGGCUCAACGGUCCCUUUCUCAUCAUCGUUCCUCUCUCGACUUUGUCUAACUGGGUCUAUGAACUUGACAAGUGGGCACCCUCUGUGGUCAAAAUUGCUUACAAGGGCACCCCUGCUAUGCGCCGUGGUUUUGUGCCUCAACUCCGCAGCGGAAAGUUCAAUGUCUUGCUCACCACCUACGAAUACAUCAUCAAGGACAAGCAAAUACUGGCCAAGAUUCGUUGGAAGUAUAUGAUUGUGGAUGAGGGUCACCGCAUGAAGAACCACCACUGUAAGCUGACCCAGGUGUUGAACACUCACUAUGUGGCUCCACGCCGUCUACUCCUCACCGGUACACCACUGCAGAACAAGCUACCCGAGCUAUGGGCCCUACUCAACUUUCUCCUGCCCACCAUCUUCAAAAGCUGCAGCACCUUUGAGCAGUGGUUCAAUGCCCCGUUCGCCAUGACAGGGGAGAGGGUGGACCUAAAUGAGGAGGAAACCAUCCUGAUUAUUCGGCGUUUGCAUAAGGUGCUCCGGCCAUUCCUGCUACGCAGACUGAAGAAAGAAGUGGAGUCACAACUGCCAGAGAAGGUGGAGUAUGUCGUAAAAUGUGACAUGUCUGCUAUACAGAAGGUUCUGUACCGCCACAUGCAGAAAGGCAUCCUUCUCACUGAUGGUUCAGAAAAAGAUAAGAAGGGCAAAGGAGGAGCAAAGACCUUAAUGAACACCAUCAUGCAGCUGAAGAAGAUCUGCAACCAUCCAUACAUGUUCCAGCACAUUGAGGAAUCUUUUGCUGAGCACUUGGGCUAUCCAAAUGGCAUCAUCAGUGGGCAUGAUCUGUAUCGAGCUUCUGGGAAGUUUGAGCUCCUGGAUCGCAUCCUGCCGAAGCUACAGGCCACCAACCACAGAGUCCUGCUGUUCUGCCAAAUGACUUCUCUCAUGACAAUCAUGGAGGACUAUUUCAGCUACCGUAACUUUCAUUAUCUACGUCUUGAUGGGACCACCAAGUCUGAGGACCGUGCAGCACUGCUGAAGAAAUUUAAUGAGGAAGGAUCUCAGUACUUCAUCUUCCUGCUCAGUACCAGAGCCGGUGGGCUCGGCCUCAACCUGCAGGCUGCAGACACUGUUGUCAUCUUUGACAGUGACUGGAACCCACACCAGGACCUUCAGGCUCAGGACCGGGCUCACCGCAUCGGUCAGCAGAAUGAGGUACGUGUGCUUCGUCUCUGCACCGUCAACAGCGUGGAGGAGAAAAUCCUGGCAGCUGCCAAAUACAAACUCAAUGUGGAUCAGAAGGUCAUCCAGGCAGGCAUGUUUGACCAGAAGUCCUCAAGCCAUGAGCGCCGUGCCUUCCUCCAGGCCAUUUUAGAGCAUGAGGAGCAGAAUGAGGAAGAAGAUGAAGUACCCGAUGAUGAAACCCUUAACCAGAUGAUAGCCCGCAAUGAAGAUGAAUUUGAACUGUACAUGCGCAUGGAUAUGGAUCGACGCCGGGAGCACGCCAGGAAUCCAAAGCGCAAGCCUCGUCUAAUGGAGGAGGAUGAGUUGCCUUCUUGGAUCAUCAAAGAUGACGCUGAGGUAGAGCGACUCACAUAUGAAGAGGAGGAGGAGAAGAUGUUCGGCCGAGGGUCACGCUGUCGUCGGGAUGUGGACUACAGUGAUGCACUGACCGAAAAGCAGUGGCUGCGGGCCAUUGAGGAUGGAAACCUGGAAGAGAUGGAGGAGGAGAUCAGACUGAAAAAGCGCAAACGUAAGAGGCGUCAGGACAAGGACUCAUCAAGCAGAGAUGAAGGGGGCUCCAAGGCCAAGAAGAGACGUGGUCGUCCACCAGCUGAGAAACUCUCCCCAAACCCCCCCAAGCUUACCAAGCAAAUGAACACCAUCGUUGACACAGUCAUCAACUACAGAGAUGGGUCAGGAAGACAACUAAGUGAAGUCUUCGUCCAGUUACCCUCCAGGAAGGAGCUCCCAGAAUAUUACGAGCUGAUUCGAAAACCUGUGGACUUCAAAAAGAUCAAGGAUCGGGUGAGAAACCAUAAAUACAGGAGUGUGGGAGACUUGGAGAAGGAUGUGAUGCUGCUUUGUCACAACGCCCAGACCUUCAACCUGGAGGGAUCCCAGAUAUACGAGGACUCUAUUGUCCUUCAGUCUGUGUUUAAGAGUGCAAGGCAGAAAAUUGCCAAGGACGAAGACAGUGAAGAUGACAGCGAAGAGGAUGAUGAUGACGAGGAUGAGUCAGAGGCGGAGGCCAAGUCGGUGCGGGUUAAGAUCAAGCUGAGUAAAGAGGGGCGCAGCCAUGACAAAGGCAAGAAGAGGCAAAGCCGAGGAAAGGCCAAGCCGGUGGUCAGCGACGACGACAGCGAAGAAGACCAGGAUGACAAUAUCCCCACCAUGAGCUUCUGGCCAGAAACUCAGUCUUGGCAGGAGGAGAGGCUGUGAGGAAAGGAUCAGUCAGACAAGAGCAAGAGCGAUGAUGACUGAGGCCAUGAGGAUAUUGUUUGUCACACUUAAAAGGACAAUACCUUCAGUUAAUGUUGUUCGGGUUCAUAUUUUGUUUUUUGUUUCGUUUGUUUGUUUGCGUUUUUUGAAAUAUACUUCAUCGUCACUCUGACGUGUGUUUUGUCACCUUUUUUCCUCACCAGCUUGGAAAUGUAUUAUUAAGAAUUGAUAAGCUACAGCAAUACCAAUCUGCUUAUAUUCCUGUUUUAAAGACAGUUUUGUAGUAUAUUUUUUAACUCUGUGCUUUAACAACUCUGUAUGAAAAAGGACAAAAAAAAGAAACCCAAGAACAUUUUGUCAUGCUAUAUGCGCUUUAGCUGUAUUUGUACUUACUUGCUUGCACUUUUAGAAAAGACACAUUGGGAGCCAGUGGCGAUUUAAAAAAAAGAAAAGGCAAUCAAUCAAAUUUUUUAUGUAUUUUAUUUUUGUUUAAAUUCAUUGUUUCAUCUGGUGCAGUGCCAAAUGUUGGGAUGUAGAGAAAUUGAUUGUUUACUAAAUCCCUCCCCCAACCAAUGAUCGUCCAGUCAUAGUUAGCUAGCACUGGCACGAGAGUGUCACGGAUUUCUCGAGAAAGAUGGAUUUUAAGAAUUUUUGUUGUUGUUGUGUUGUUUUUCAAACAUAAAACAUACAACAUAAAAGAGCAAAAAUUCAAGUAAUUUAGUAUAUUUAAGUAAUGAAACGGUAUUGUUAAUCUGCUCUAACAGCAAACGUGAUUUUCUGGCCUGAAAGUCCUUUGCAAAUAAAAUAUAUUAUUAUCCUCAUUGAUAAUACAAAGACUAGUUAGCAAUCCUCUGUGCUGCCAAAAUUUAGCAGCUCUGCUAUGAGACGAUAUGAUUUUGAGAGUGUGAACUAUUUUUCAAGUCUAUAUAUCUUACAGCCAGCGCAACAAAACGAAACAGUUGUUGCUCGAUGACGUGAAAAUUAAUUUGAAAUGGCCAUAAAUGCUAAAUGCUUUUUUAAACUGCAUAUUAAUAAAACUGUAAUCUUGCAUUAUGUAGGCAUCACAUCAUUUAAGUAAGUCCUUGUGUUUCAGUUAACCUUUGUUCUGAAGUGUUAUCAGAGCAGAAGCUUUGAACUUUGUUUUAACAAUUUUAAUUACUCACUGAGAAAAGAGUGUUUAGGCUAUUUUGACUGUGAAAAUGGCCUUCAGAGCAGUAUUUCAUUUUAGGCAGCAGAUUAAUGGGGAAACGCCUUGUCUUGUUAAGUAAAACCAGCGUCUGUCGUAGCAGUACAUGUAGCUUUUUAAAAGCGUCCAAUAGCAUGUUGCACCAUAUGGUCCUAAACCAACUGUAAAGAACCGAGUCUUGGCUGACUUUUCGCAGGCAAUUAAAGGCAGUAGACAAAGACAAAUUUUACAAAGAGCACAGCUUUAGGGAUUUAAAAUCAAAAUUAAAUGACAUUGAAUAUAACUGUAUUUUAAACAAUGUCGUGAUUGACAUUUUAAUUGAGGUGUUUGUGUUCCCAUUUUAUUGGUUUAUAUGUUGUUUGUAGCAUGGACUCUUGGCAAUAUACUAUGUACAUGCAGAUAUAUCUUUUUUUGUGUAAUAUGUGCUUGCAGACUCUCCAUAAGUGUGACUUAAUCUUUGCUUUCUUUGCACAGUGUCUUUGUGGUUGUAUCUCUUAGCCCAGGGCAAAUAAAAUCCCACUGAUUUUGAGCACAAAAAA